AUGGGUUCCCACUGCACCAAACUCAGCACCAGCCACAGUUCGGGCCAGAGCACUGGCCACAGCCGCCGCCGGGAGUCCUCCCUGAAAAAGCUCGUGGCCUGUGUGAGUCAGGACAACUUCUCCCUGUCAUCAGAGAGUGAGGAGGAGGAAGAGGAGGAGGAGGAAGAGGAGGAAGAGGAAGAGGAGGAGGAGGAAGAGGAAGGGGAAGAGGAGGAGGAACAGCAGCAGCUCCGGGUGCAAGACAAGCUGCUCCUGAUGGAGCCCGUGCAGCCGGAGGAGGACUUGGAAGACAAACCCGCGGCCCCGCCAAGCUCCGAGCCCGAGGAGACGCGCUCCUGACCCACGACGCCUGCCCUGCGGAAGAUGCCUGCCGCUGCU